AUGACCGUCUUCCGCAUCAACGUCACUUCCGAUACCGUCUGUCCGUGGUGCUACGUCGGUCGCCGCCAGCUUCAAAAGGCUCAAAAGCUCUAUCACCAGAAACACCCCAACGCCAAUGACUCCUUCACCGUCACUUACUCCCCGUACCAGCUAGAGCCUGAUUCUCCCUCGGGCCCCGGCCAUAGCAAGGACAAGCAGCAAUUUUACGUGGACAAGUUUGGCGCCGAACGCACCGCCAUGAUGCAACAGCGUCUGUCGGCCGUCGGGAACCAGCUCGGUAUCAACUUCAAGUUUGGUGGUAAAACGGGCAACACCAGAGAUUCGCACCGAUUGAUGCAGUUGGCCAAGAAGCACGGGAAUGAGGUCGAGCUGAAGACGGUCGAUGGUCUGUUUGCGGCGUAUUUUGAGAAUGAGCAGGACAUUACGGACUACGAGACGCUGAGAACCGUCGCGCGGCAGGCGGGUAUUCCGGGGGAGGAUUUUGACAAGGCGAUUGUGCAGGGUGAUGAUGGUGGCAAGGAGGUGGACGAUGCUGUCGUGAAGGCGAGGCUGGAGGGUGUGAGCGGUGUGCCGGAUUAUGUUUUCCAGGGGAAGUACAGGAUUAAUGGGGGACAAGAUGCCGGCGUAUUCGUCCAGGUUUUGGAGAAGAUCAAGGAGUUGGAGAGGGAGUAG